AUGGUGCAACUUUCACAGUCCCCCCUCCGCCGCCCUUCACCUUCAUGCCACUCUGAGGAAGGGGAAGAGAAGAGCAUGAAGCCAGAUAAGCAGCAGGUGACUCAAGGUCCUCGAGGGGAUAACCAGCCUCCCAUGAGCCCCCUGCAGGCAGCUUUGAAUUCUGCAGCCACAGCUUCUCAGGCAUACGAGACUUACAUUGAUAAUGGAUUUAUCUGUUUGAAACACAAGAUUAGGAAUAUCGAGAAAAAGAAGCUCAAGUUAGAAGACUACAGGGAUCGCCUGAAAAGGGGGGAGGUCCUCAAUCAAGAUCAGUUGGAAGCUGUUGAAAAAUAUGAAGAAGUUAUACAUAACUUGGAGUUUGCUAAAGAACUUCAGAAGACAUUUUCUGGACUAAGUCAAGAACUACUAAAAGCACAGCGGAAAGCGCAACGAAGAGAAACCUUACUGAAACUUGAAGCAGAGAAGAAAAAGCUCCGCACAAUACUGCAGGUCCAGUAUGUGCUGCAGAAUUUUACUCAAGAGCAUGUGCAGAAAGACUUCAGAAGUGGCUUGAAUGGUGCAAUAUACUUGCCUUCUAAAGAAUUAGACUACCUCAUUAAGUUUGCAAAAUUGACAUGUUCAGGAAGAAAUGAAACUGUUAGCGUUGAAGACCAAAUGGAGCAGUCAUCACUCUGUUUCUGGGACCUGCUAGAAGGCAGUGAAAAAAUAGUGGUUGGGACAACCUAUAAGCAUCUGAAGGAUUUGUUAUCUAAACUGAUAGAUUCUGGAUAUUUUGAAAACAUUCCUACACCUUGCAACAAACCAGAAAAAGAGGAAUUGAAAGAAGAAAUGCUUGAAAAACCCAAACAGUUGUCAAAACCAGAGUCUGUCAAUGAAAUAGAAUCUCAAAGGCAGCAUGUUCAAUCUGAAAUACAACCUCAAGAAUUUCUUAAUAGGCGCUAUUUGCCUGAAGCAGACCGUACUGUCAAGUCUGAAGGAACCAAACACUGGGAAAUAGAACAUGCUGUAAAAAGUGAUCCCCCCAAGUCCUGGGAAAUGCUGGUUGAUGUUGAAGAACAGGAACAGAAAAGGCAAAAUCCACAAUCCAUGAAAUCUUUGGAAUCUGUUAAUCAAGAAGGGAAGAAGAAGCUGGAACUUUCGCGGCCUUGGGAAUCGCCUCUUCAAGAAGUUGAUGAUCAUAAACAGAAUGUUCCAAAGCCUUGGGUGGCCCCAGUUAGAGAAGAGCAGGCCUCUUCCAAAUCCUGGGUGACAAAAGAGAAAGAAGAGCAGGAACCAAAGCAAGAAGGUCCCAAGCCUUGGAUAACUAAAACCAAAGGAGGAUUGGAACAAAACCAGGAAAAGCCAAAAAUGUGGGUGUCUCAAACUAAUAUGGAAACUUUGAAAAAAACAGAACCUGUGAAGCCUUGGGAUGCACGUGUCCGAGACGAGAUGGAACAAAAGAAACAGCAAACUGAAAAGCCAUGGGUCGGACGUAUAGGAGAAGAGGCUGAGCAAAAAUCUCAGCCUCCAAAAGUUUGGGAAAAAUCUGAGAGAUCACAGCAAGUGGUCCAGCAGCCAUUACAGAAUCCUCCUAAGAUCUGGGGAGUUGGGAAUCUUGCACCAAAGGAUCAGACUGAGAAGAAGCUUGACGGGGAACUAAAAGAAGCUGGAAAGACAGGUGGAAUAAAUGAACACAGCAGCAUUGAUGCAUCAAAGAAAAAAGAGAGCUUUCAGUCAAUUGGAGAAUCAUGUAAAUUACCCAGGAAUAUCCAAAAUGUCAUGCAGGUAGCUAAGCCUGUGCACCAAACAGCUGCAGAGUUUUGCUCUACUUCUAGCCUGCCAAAGGAUCCAGUACUCAGAAGGGAAAAACUGCAAGAUUUGAUGAUUCAAAUUCAGGGGACUUACAACUUCAUGCAGGAAUCACUUCUGGAUUUUGAUAAACCUUCACAAAGUGCUGGCUGUUCAUCACAAGCCUCUUCCGUUGAUUCUUCUGCUUCUAACGAACAACUUUCAAGCCAAAAUGACUUCCCUGAACAAGUAAUGCAGAGUGCUUCUUCUCCCGUGACUUUGAAUGGAUCAAACACUUCCUUAGUUUCUGAUAACACCUUGUCUGGAUCAGAAACUGAACUUCAUUCACCACAAGUUCCUACUCCACUUUCAAGUGAAUCACAGACUCCACUGACACCCUCAAGAACUACCGUGUCCCCAGUACAUCAAGGGAACGUUUUUCAAUCUCCUCCAUCAAGUAGCAGUUCUGUUAAUGUAAAAGCACCUCCUUUUCAGGCUAUGCAGACUGUGUUCAAAGUGAAUGCACCUUUGCCACCUCGUAGGGAACAGGAUGCAAAAGAGAAUUCUCUGCACCCCACAGGAUACAAUCAGAAUUUUUCAACAGCAAGCACACAGACGCCACCCCCAUGUAAAUUGCCAUCCACUCAAAAUGCAGAACAAACUACUUUUUCACAAGACACACUUUCAAAUGCAGGUACUUGCCAGGCUGAGGUAGCUGUUCCUGUCAGCAAUGGUACCCUCACUUUUUAUGCAGCACAGACAGCCACUUUUCCUAGACCAUCGCAGCCUUUUAUUGGAAGCCGUGGAUCUAUCAGAGGUUCUCUCAGGGGUGUAAGAUCGAUGACUAAUUCUUAUCGCUCUCCUGGUGGAUAUAAAGGUUUUGAAGCUUACAGAGGAUCGCCUUCAAUCCCUAAUGGAACCUAUAGCCAAUUACAGCUUCCUGGCAGAGAUUACUCUACAGUGCAGUAUUCUCAGAGGGAAAUGAAUUACCAACCAAACUAUAAGAGAGGAGGUAUUAAUAGUGGUCGAACUAAUUCAAGAGCAGGAUGGAACGAUUCUUCUCAGGUGAGCAGUCCAGAGCGUGACAAUGAGAUGUUUAACACUGGGGAGACUGGGCAGGGUGAUUCCCGCAGCAUCACUCCUGUUGAUAUACCUGUGACAAGCCAAGCAGCCACCCUACUACCUGUUCACGUCUACCCCCUCCCACAGCAGAUGAGAGUUGCCUUUUCUGCUGCUAGAACUUCUAACUUGGCUCCUGGAACUUUAGAUCAACCCAUCGUAUUUGACCUCUUGUUAAACAAUCUUGGCGAAACCUUUGAUAUACAACUUGGUAGGUUCAAUUGUCCUGUUAAUGGUACUUAUGUAUUCAUAUUCCAUAUGUUGAAGCUAGCUGUGAAUGUACCAUUAUACGUGAACCUCAUGAAAAAUGAAGAGGUUUUAGUCUCUGCGUAUGCCAAUGAUGGUGCUCCAGAUCAUGAGACUGCAAGCAACCAUGCAGUCCUCCAGCUCUUUCAAGGAGACCAGAUUUGGCUACGCCUUCAUAGAGGAGCUAUUUACGGAAGUAGUUGGAAAUAUUCUACCUUCUCAGGAUAUCUCCUGUAUCAAGACUGAACAUUAAGCUGCUCCAACUGUUUGGUGAAGGAAGGUGAAAACUGGUGGGCUAGUUUCACAUUGCAUACUGAACACUUAAACACGCCAUUGUAAAGUGGGAAAAUGGUGAUCUGUCUUGCAACGAGUUGGAGUUGGAUCAGCACUGAUGUGGCACUUUAUCAGUUGUGAUAUAGCCUUGAUAGUAAAGCUCUGGAUGUUAUGUUUGCACUUACUCUUGAACUGUAAUUUAUCAGCUUACUAUGCUACUCAAAUUUGCCUCAA